UUUAACGUUCUUGAAUGUCGUUAUCAACAGAAUUGGGGGUUCAUGAGACCCUGUGUUUGGUUACUCGUUUCGUGGCUUCACUCAUUUCUUCACUGAAAAGUAGAGAAUAAUAAACAAAAGAAGUUGAUCAACACAAAUGAUCGAGGCUAAUUAACGAGACAACCGGAGCCUAGAUGAAGUGUCCCUACUGCUCAGCGGCGCAGGGACGUUGCGCCACCACUACCACUGGCCGCUCAAUCACGGAGUGCACCUCAUGCGACAGAGUCGUCGAAGAGCGACAGUCCCAAAACCACCACCUAUACCAUCUCCGGGCACAAGACAACCCACUCUGCCUCGUGACCUCCGAUCUCCCCACCAUCAACCCCGCUCUUCAAAACAAGAACAACGACGACGACCCUUUCGAGCCGACGGGCUUCAUCACGGCCUUCUCCACCUGGUCCCUGGAGCCCAGCCCACUCUUCCUCCGCUCCUCUCACUCCUUCUUUGGCCACCUCGCUGAGCUUGAACGAACCUUCGAAGUUAUAUCCUCUUCUUCAACCUCCACGUCAUCAACGGUUGUGGUUGAUAAUUUAAGAGCAUAUAUGCAGAUCAUUGACGUGGCGUCAAUUUUAGAUUUGGAUUAUGAUAUAUCUGAUCACGCAUUUCAGUUGUUUAGAGAUUGUUGUUCAGCAACUUGUUUAAGGAACCGGAGCGUUGAGGCUCUUGCCACUGCUGCUCUUGUUCAGGCCAUUAGGGAGGCCCAAGAGCCCAGAACACUCCAGGAGAUUUCGAUUGCGGCUAAUGUGCCUCAGAAGGAGAUUGGGAAGUACAUAAAGAUACUUGGAGAGGCUUUGCAACUGAGCCAGCCUAUUAAUAGCAACUCCAUAUCAGUUCAUAUGCCCAGAUUUUGUACUCUUCUUCAACUCAACAAAUCUGCUCAGGAGCUGGCAACUCACAUUGGAGAAGUUGUAAUUAACAAAUGCUUUUGUACUCGAAGGAACCCCAUUAGCAUCUCUGCAGCUGCUAUAUAUCUGGCCUGCCAGUUAGAAGACAAACGCAAAACUCAGGCUGAGAUUUGUAAAGUGACAGGUCUGACUGAGGUUACACUAAGAAAAGUAUACAAGGAGUUAUUGGAGAACUGGGAUGACCUGCUCCCAUCUAAUUAUAUUCCAGCUGUCCCUCCGGAGAAAGCAUUUCCCACUACUACAAUUGCUUCUGGCCGUACAUCAACAGUUAAAGUUGAUUCAGGUGAAGUGACUUCUUUGGACAAAGAUAAGCAGCCAGAGACUAAGCCAAAUGAGCUCUUAGAAGCUGAAAGUAGUGUUGAUGCUCGUGUUGCAAAUGCCUCUAUGUUGAACCUGCCACAGUCCUUCACACAGCCCUGGCUUCAAUUUGCAGCUUCUAAUGUUAAGACAGCUGGAGAGAAAACUCAGAGUGUUCCUCGAGGGGACACCAUUGAUAUGCAGUCUAAUUAUCAAGAGUUAGACCAGAAGGUAGAUGAGGACACAAAGGCUUCUAUUACUACUGUAAGACCUUGCCAGUUUUUGAAUACUCCAGCUUCAAGCGUGAGUUCAAUUAUGUGGCCAUUUAGGCCUCCAUCCUCUUCCGGAUCUCCUGUGACUGUUCAAGUGUAUCCAUCGAAGUUCCUUCCAGAUCACACUGAGCUUCAGGGAACUGGUGUUCAAAAUGAACGUAAAAAUGCCAAUCAAUAUGCAGACACCAAGUGAUUCUAGAGAAAUGGGUCCUGCAUUCUGGAAUCCAACUAAAGAAGAUGGAGAAAGGGGGAUUAUGAGGUAGGAGUGAUUAGUGUUAAAACUAACAGAUAAGUCAGAGAGAAUGGAAGAAUUUUUUUUAAAGUUUUAUAUUUUUGAACCACUUUCCUAUAUGGGAAGACCAACUCUUUGUGCAGACAUUGUUAUUUUAUAUUAACGUAAAAAUCGCAUUUUUAACUGUUACUACAAUUGCUUAAUCUCUUCAAUUUUUUUAUUACAUAUGUACAUGUUAUGAUAUAAAUAUUUAGAGUUAAUUGCAACAACUAUCCCUGAUGUUUCAAAGAGUGACAGUUAGAUGUGGAUGAACAGGGGUAAUACGUCUUUACAUCCAGUUUCUAUUAAAAAUUCUACUUGAAUACCUAAGUGAAGUCCGCCCUUUACCAAAUAUUAAAAUUCAAUCCAGAUAUAUUUAAAAUAAAUAAAGAUAAACAUAAAUUUAACGAAGUGAAUCGAACCCUUUACCAGAAAUAAAAAAUCAACACAUAAGACAUAAUCAUUACAAACAAACAAUAUAAGCUAAAACCCACACCACUAAAUUAAAUAGUCUGAAGGUUAAAUUCUUGCCUUGUUCUGUGAUGGUGGGAGGUGCGAGGCAAUAUUGGGUCUGUUGAUUGGUUAAUUUGAUUAGUCUUUAGGUUAUGUUUCUUCAGCUUGUUCUGUGAAGGUGAGAGGUGUGGGAGCUGGGCAAUGUUGAGUUGUGUUGUGAUGGUAGGAGGCAGGAGGCAGGAAGAGAUAGGCUGAGCUGAUGAGUGUUGGAGGCUGCGAGCGUGGCCAUUGGGAUGCAGUGCCAGGCCGUGAGUUGGUAGCUGCAGGCCACCUUCAGCUUUGCGACAGCAGCAGCAGCGCCGCAGGCUACCUGCUACGACUAGCUUCUCGGCAUUGCUGGGCUGUGGCGUUAGGUCGCAGGUGGCCUUGAUGGGCUGAAUCUCCACCAUUGGUGCUGCCACUUUGGUUGUUUAGUUUUCACAUUUAGGCUGAUUUUUU